CAACCCCCUUCUCUCUCUUUCUCACUGACAAAAUCAAGAAUCAGUUUUGGUAAUUUGGCAAUGGUGAACCGUACAAAAAUUUGUUGAUUAGUGGGAAGAAGAAAUCAAUGGCGUAUAAAGUAGAUCACGAGUAUGAUUAUUUGUUCAAGAUCGUUUUAAUUGGAGAUUCUGGCGUUGGGAAAUCCAAUAUUUUGUCAAGAUUUACAAGGAAUGAAUUCUGUUUAGAGUCCAAAUCCACAAUAGGCGUUGAAUUUGCAACGAGGACUCUCCAGGUGGAAGGGAAGACGGUGAAGGCACAAAUAUGGGACACGGCGGGGCAGGAGCGAUAUCGCGCGAUCACGAGCGCCUACUACCGCGGCGCAGUUGGGGCGCUCGUGGUCUACGACCUGACAAAGCGUCAGACCUUUGAGAACGUGCAGAGGUGGCUGCGGGAGCUCAGGGACCACGCAGACUCCAACAUUGUGAUCAUGCUUGCUGGCAAUAAGUCAGAUCUAAACCACCUCCGCGUUGUAAACGAGAACGACGCCCAGGUCUUCGCUGAGAAGGAAGGCCUUUCCUUCCUCGAGACCUCCGCACUGGAAGCCCACAACGUUGAGAAGGCCUUCCAAACUAUAUUGUUGGAUAUUUAUCAGAUAAUUAGCCGGAAGGCACUGGCGGCCCAGGAUGGGGCCGCCUCGCUCCCCGGCCAGGGCACCACAAUCAAAGUUGGGGAGCCUUACAACUAUCAGCAGCAGCAGAAAGCCUCAUGUUGUUCUAGUUGA